CGCUCCUUAUUCUGCAGAAUCUCAUCACCUUCUAGGCUUCAACUCCUAUUUCUCAUUUCUCCUGCCACUGCAGAGGAGAGUUUUGGAAUCCCCGCUUAACCCCGCAGCUUCUUUUCAUCCUCCUCCCCCUUCACAUUUUUCUUCUUCUUCCUCUUCCAUCCUCUUCUUCUUUCGUUUCCCUUUACUCGUUGUUGAGUUUGAAUGGCUCAAUUAACAGCAUUAUUACUGCCACUAUUAACGCUUGUAUUAUCAUUACCAGGAGUAAUUUCAACCACCUUCACCAUAAUAAACAAGUGCGAGCAAACGGUAUGGCCUGGCAUUCUCUCCAACGCUGGUGUUCCCUCCAUGUCCACCACUGGUUUCAGUCUCCAAACGGGCGAGUCCAAGACCAUCACGGCGCCCACCUCCUGGGGCGGUCGCUUUUGGGGCCGUACCCUCUGCUCCAAUGACUCUACAGACAAGUUCUCCUGCGUCACAGGUGAUUGCGGCUCCGGGAAAAUCGAAUGCUCAGGCAAUGGAGCCGCUCCACCCGCCACCUUGGCCGAGUUCACGCUCGAUGGCUCCGGCGGCCUCGAUUUCUUCGAUGUCAGCUUGGUCGAUGGCUACAACCUUCCUAUGCAGGUCGUCCCUCAGGGUGGCACCGGUCAGAACUGUACGACUACAGGAUGCAUCUCCGAUCUCAACGACUCUUGCCCAUCGGAGCUUAAGGUCACGAGCGCCGAGGCCGACGGCAACGUGGCUUGCAAGAGCGCAUGCGAGGCGUUUAGCCAGCCUGAAUACUGUUGCAGCGGCGCGUAUGCUACACCAGACACCUGCAAGCCAUCGACAUACUCUCAGAUCUUCAAAAGUGCGUGCCCGCACGCUUACAGCUAUGCGUACGAUGACAGGACCAGCACUUUCACAUGCGCAUCGGCGGAUUAUACAAUUACCUUCUGCCCCACCCCCAACACCAGCCAAAAAUCAUCGCAAGGGCAGGCCCCGCCAACACCAACGACAGAUACAGGCUCGCCGUCCAUCAACGGCACGAUGAUAUACCAAGGCGCAUUAGACGACAGCGGUGCAUCGCCGUCCUCGGGUGCCCACGCGUUGAGAUCCUACGGCAUUGCGGGUGCGGUCAGCAUCACGGUGGCAAUUUGGGAGUUGUGGCAGCUCUUCUAAGUUCUAACUUCUUCGCUGACUUUGCCACCGGCAGGCCCGUAAGAGUUCGAGUUAGUUUGCCACAUGCCACUUUUAGCCCAAAAUAUAGGUGGCGUAGUGGCCCCGACAGUUCAUUACCUUCACCUCCUCCUCCUCCCAAAACGCCAUGGGCAAUGUGAUGUGAUGUGAAGUUCUUAGAGACCACAGGGUUGGCCCUGGUGACGAGGAUAUGAGUCACGAUGAAGAGGAUAUGGUACGGAGAAGCGAUGAUAGAUAUCGAAACGCCGCUAAUAUCUGUAGUGCAGGGAUAGGAAUUUUAUUUUUGAUUUUUAGGUGGUGGUGGCGAUGCAAGAAGUUGUUAGGCUAAGGCAUUCUUUGGAAUCCACUGUUAUAUCAUUAAGGGGGGAUUCAUUUGUUUUGUUUUGGUUAAAGUGUCAAUUAUUUUUAUGUAACCACCACCACAUUUGGCAUUUGGUGCCAAAUAUUUAUGAAUUUAAAAUAAAAACGACAAAAAUAAAAUCACUCAACUCGUAUUUGUGUUUGA